CUAUUUUAAUAUUAAGUGGAUACGCUACAAAAGCUAGCCAGUAGAGACUGAAAAUUAAAAAUGAUAAAAUAUAAUUAAGGGGUUAAUGUACCUUUCAAAUUUUUCUUCCCUAUUUAAUAUUAGUUCUAAGCCAAGCUAUAUAUAUAUAUUAUAUAUUACGUAGACUUUAAUUCAGACUCGAAAAUAUGAUUUCAUAAUUUUCAAUAAUCUUCGUUUAAAUACUUUGACCUUUAUUAUUUAGUAUUAUUACAGUUACACUUUUUGGAAAAUGAUUCUUAAAAAUAUACCCCCUGGCUCGGACCAAAACCCCCUACUGUAAUACCUGUGCGUCACAUGAGUUACAUUGGUGCAUCCUACAUCAUGCGUCAUUUGUUUGCGUCAUUGCAAAGGAUAAAACAACGUUGAGAUGGGUUUUCAUUAAUUAGGGUUACUUUACUUUAGUUUGGAAGAAGGAAAGAAUGGAAGGAUUAUAUGUAUCUAUUUAGCUGUAUUUCUUAAUCCUUUAAGGACGGACGAAGGGUUACAUACAUAAAAGCCCAAUGCUAAAGAUCCAUUUAAUUUUGAUCCGCCAUGGAAAAAAUGGGUCCUUGUCUGGGUCUGGUUCCUGAUCUGGGUCUGGGUCAGGAUCUGGUUAAUGAUCUGGGUCUGGUUCAUGAAUCAUGAUGCGGGUCUGGUUAAUGAUCUGGGUCUGGUUCCUGAACAUUACCUUAAGAUUUACGGAAUUAAUGAACAAUUGAAAAGCUUUAAAUUUGUUCUUUUUCUACCCAUUGGGAAACUUUGGGUCUUCCUCCAUUGUAUUUGCCAAAUCAUUUAUUCGCACUGUACUUCAUGCAGAAACCAGAAUUUAGCAUGCAAAUUAGCAUAUCUAAAAGGGACUGUAUACAUAAUUUCAAGUGACCCUCCAUGCACAGAUAGCAAUGUCCGCAUUACAAUGGUACUCCUAACCUUAAUCUGUUCAAUAAUAUGAAAAAUACCGAGGCACUUUGCCUCAAACUUACAAUUUGCCUGACCCCAGAAACUUACAUUUAGAUAUAAUUUUUAAAAUGAUAUGAUGUGUAAGUAGUUUUGGCCGUUUUUUUUCAUUCUUAUGCAUAGUGCAUCGUAUUCCUGACACGAAAAGUGUUUAAUUCUGAUAACUUCUCUACUGCGCAAAUGAAAAGAAACAGUUUGAAGUAACAAUAAUAUGCAAAUUUAAUUUAUACAUAAUCAGAAAAAUGUUUUAAGUGUACCGUUGUAAAUUGGGCAUUGAUAUCUCUGCAUUGAGGUACACUUGAACUCACGCUUUUAGUCCUUUUAAGAGUCCUAUUCUAAGUAGGCAAACCGCAGCAAAGAUAAGACUGUCGAGAUCUAAGUACGGAGAAUAAGAAAGUGUUGUGGAGAAAUCCUCUUGUACAAAUCUUAUUUUAACUUUUCUGCUUAUUCAGCUUGAAGUGAAGACAAGUUGAAUCAUAAACCAAGUGGAGAGCAAAUGAAAUAUGUAAAUACACAUCCCUGGGGAUUGACUAAAAUUAUGACCUAACAAACUUUUUAAAAUACAAACCUAUAUAAACAUAUAAUAACAAUUCAGUUUAGAUGUGAUUAUUAUACAUUCACAUGUUCAUUAGUUGCAUUGACGUUGUUCUGUAGUCCGUGUAAAUUGUAUUUCUUUUCAGAAGUUUUACAAAAAGUUAAUUUAAACAAACAAAAUGUUAAAUACUGGUGAUAAUCCAGAUUUUUCUCAAGAUCGACCUAAUGUAGUUCAGAAGAAGAAUGAUGCCAUACAAGCAGCUUCUAAAGAUCAACUCAAUAUAGUUCAAAAGAAUAAUGCAGCUUCUAAAGAUCAACACCAUAUAGUUCUGAAGAAUAAUGAUGCCAUACAAACAGCUCCUAACGAUAAACCCAAUAUAGUUCAGAAGAAUAAUGCUACUUCCAAAGAUCAACCCAUUAUAGUUCAGAAGAAUAAUGAUGCUAAACAAUCAGCUUCCAAAGAUCAAUCCAAUAUAGUUCAGAAGAAGAAUGAUGCAAAACAAGCAACUUCUAACGAUCAACCCAAUAUAGUUCAGAAGAAUAAUGAUGCCAUACAAGCAGCUUCCAAAGAUCAACACAAUCAAGUUCAGAAGAAUAAUGCAGCUUCUAAAGAUCAACCCAAUAUAGGUCAGAAGAAUAAUGAUGCAAAGCAAGCAGCUUCGAAAGAUCAAUCCAAUAUAGUUCAAAAGAAUAAUGAUGCAAAACAACCAGCUUCCAAAGAUCAACCCAAUAUAGUUCAGAAGAGUAAUUAUGCUAAACAAGAAGGUUCUAAAGAUCAAACCAAUAAAGUUCGGAAUAAUAAUGAUGCUAAACAAUCAGCUUCCAAAGAUCAACCCAAUAAAGUUCAGAAGAAUAAUGAUGCCAUACAAGCAGCUUCGAAAGAUCAACCCAAUAUAGGUCAGAAGAAUAAUGAUGCAAAGCAAGCAGCUUAUAACGAUCAACCCAAUAUAGUUCAGAAGAAAGAUGAUGCAGUCCAUGCAGAUUCUAAAGAUCAACCCAAUAUAGAUCAGAAUGAUCACAAUGUAACACAAGCAGCUUCUGAAGAUUUAGUUGAAGAGCCCGCGGAUGAUGAUAUUGCUACUCUUGUCAAGUGCAUGAAGAAGAAUAUGAAGAGAAUUAUCUGUAAUAGUUUUCAGCAAAGAGUAAAACUAAACACCAGGAUUAAUGAACUGAACAAGGAUAUUGAGAUACAGAAUAAGAAGAUCAGUGCUCAAGAAAACAUCCUGAAAGCCCUAAAUAUGAAGAAUGAAGAUCAGAAGAAGGAGUUUGCUCAUACAAAAGAUUUACUGGAGAAGGAAAGAGAGAAUGAAGAAGAACAUGUUGAAUAUCUUCAUUGCAUUGAAACCAUGGAGAAUGAGUAUACACAGAAGAUGGUUUAUCUUGAAGAUAAACUAGAGAAGAUUAGAGAAGAGAGUUUAAGGAUUACAUCUCAACUAGAAGAUUCAGAGACAGAGAUUUAUGAUCUCAAUCUCAAGGUGUUCAAACAGGAAGAUUUGAUUCGAAAUUUGUUCCAGCACAAGAUUGCAGACGAGAGUAAUUCAGGAAGGUUAAAGUCUUGUAUUGAGAAGGAGAAGGAUACUUUAACCCUUCUCAAGACUAGAUUAAAGACUAGUAAACAUCUCCAGGUUGAGAUCUCCUCUAGGAAGAAGACUAGGACUGAUCUGCUCAGGGUCCUGGCUAGAGAGAGAAACCAACUACUGGAGGAAGCUAGAGAUAAGAGAUUCAAAUUUUGGAUUUGUGGAGUAAAGAUAACCUGGUGUUGCUAGAAUCUUACUCCAUAGUAUCCAGGAUACAAAAUAUCCUCCUCCUUAUCGGAACCUAACUCGAUGGUAUCCAGGAUACACAAUAUCCUGCUCCUAAUCAGAACCUAACUCCAGGGUAUCCAGGAUACAAAAUAUCCUCCUCCUUAUCAGAACCUAACUUCAUGGUAUCCAGGAUACACAAUAUGCUGCUCCUAAACAGAACCAAAUUCCAUGGUAUCCAGGAAACACAAUAUCCUACUCCUUAUCAGAACCUAUCUCCAUGGUAUCCUGGAUACACAAUAUCCUCCUCCUUAUCUGAACCUAUCUCCAUGGUAUCCAGGAUACACAAUAUCCUACUCCUUAUCUGAACCUAUCUCCAUGGUAUCCAGGAUACACUAUCCUGCUCCUAAUCAGAACUUAGCUUCGUAGUAUACAGAAUACACUGAAUAUUCUGUUCCUAAUCAUUGCUUUUAUAUACUGCAUGGUACCAUAGAUCAAGAUAUCCUACUGCUACUUUUUAAGUGAUAAAUCAAAAUAUACAAUACAUGAAUAUCUACAUUUCAUGCAUACCAAUCAAUAGUCGAGGCCCAGUUUAGAUAUCCGGCCCCGUAUCAUUGUUUUCCGAACCAGAAUAUUUCAAUGUCUCAAACUAAAAUUUAAAAAUUAAAUCCAGUGAUUUUUUUU